AUGAAGUACGUUGUCGUUUCAGGUGGUGUCAUUUCAGGCAUUGGUAAAGGUGUUCUUGCAUCUUCAACCGGUAUGCUAAUGAAAACCCUCGGCUUAAAAGUCACCUCAAUUAAAAUUGAUCCUUAUAUGAACAUUGAUGCAGGCACUAUGUCACCUUUGGAACAUGGUGAAUGUUUUGUUCUUGACGAUGGUGGUGAAACAGACUUAGAUUUGGGUAAUUAUGAAAGAUACCUUGGCGUGACCUUGACUAAAGACCAUAACAUUACCACUGGUAAAAUAUAUUCGCAUGUUAUUGCUAAGGAAAGAAAAGGUGAUUACUUGGGUAAGACCGUACAAAUCGUCCCUCAUUUGACCAAUGCUAUCCAAGAUUGGAUUGAGCGCGUUGCCAAGAUUCCUGUCGAUGACACAGGAAUGGAACCAGACGUUUGUAUCAUCGAAUUGGGGGGGACUGUUGGUGAUAUCGAAAGUGCUCCAUUUGUGGAAGCACUAAGGCAAUUUCAGUUCAAAGUUGGCCAGGAAAACUUCGCAUUGAUUCACGUCUCUCUAGUUCCCGUCAUUCAUGGAGAGCAAAAGACUAAGCCAACUCAAGCUGCUAUCAAGGGUUUGAGAUCUCUCGGUUUGAUCCCAGAUAUGAUUGCCUGCAGAUGUAGCGAAACAUUGGACAAGCCGACAAUUGAUAAGAUUGCCAUGUUUUGUCACGUUGGGCCUGAACAAGUGGUCAACGUCCAUGAUGUCAACUCUACUUAUCACGUUCCAUUGUUGUUACUUGAACAAAAAAUGAUUGACUACUUGCACGCCAGAUUGAAGUUAGACGAAAUAUCAUUGACUGAAGAGGAAAGACAAAGAGGUCUAGAAUUACUGUCUAAAUGGAAGGCUACCACGGGUAACUUUGAUGUAUCUAUGGAAACCGUUAAGAUUGCUUUGGUCGGGAAAUAUACUAACUUGAAGGAUUCUUAUUUGUCAGUCAUAAAAUCUUUGGAACAUUCGUCUAUGAAGUGUCGCCGCAAAUUAGAAAUUAAAUGGGUGGAAGCCACUGAUUUGGAACCAGAAACACAAGAGAGCAACAAACUCAAAUUCCAUGAAGCCUGGAACAUGGUCAGCACCGCGGACGGUAUUUUGAUUCCCGGCGGUUUCGGUGUUAGAGGUACCGAAGGUAUGGUUUUGGCUGCUAGAUGGGCUCGUGAAAACCAUAUCCCAUUCUUAGGUGUUUGUUUGGGUUUACAAAUCGCUACUAUUGAAUUUACACGGAGUGUGCUUGGAAGAAAAGACAGUCACUCAGCAGAAUUUUAUCCCGAAAUUGAUGAAAAAAAUCAUGCUGUUGUCUUCAUGCCUGAAAUUGAUAAGGAAACCAUGGGUGGUUCGAUGAGAUUAGGUUUAAGACCAACAUUUUUCCAAAACGACACCGAAUGGAGUCAAAUAAAGAAAUUAUACGGUAAUGCUUCCGAAAUUCGUGAAAGACACCGUCAUCGUUACGAAAUCAACCCAAGUAUUGUCGACGAAUUGGAAGACCACGGGUUGAUCUUUGUAGGUAAAGAUGACAGCGGCAAACGUUGCGAGGUUUUGGAAUUGAAGAAUCAUCCAUACUACAUCGCUACUCAGUACCACCCAGAAUAUACGUCAAAGGUCUUGGAUCCAUCCAGGCCUUUCUUGGGUUUGGUUGCUGCCUCCGCUGGUAUCCUUCAAGAUGUCAUCGAUGGUAAGUACGAUCUUGAAGCUAGCGGACAAAAAUUCAACUUUUAA